CAGGGCUCUCGAGGCUUUAAACGCCUUAAACAUUCUUUCUUCGCGUGACAAGUGACGUGGGGAUGAGCUAAGGAGUAGCUAAAGGAAUAGCUUCCAUUAGGAAAUGAUGGCACUCGUUGAAAAAGAACCCGUUUAACUUGAGUGCGUAGAGACCAGCGAAAGCACAGAGCCGGACAGCACAGCUAUCACAGAAUUCCCAUCCUCGUCUCGUAAAUGUCAUAUUUCAUCAUUUUUCUCAUAACUUAUCUCUUACUUGCUAACUCGUGUGGAUUAAAUGUUGAUGCUGAAACUUGAACGAAGCUUAUCAUCGCCUCGCAGUCGUGCCCAAGUUCCUCGUUGAGUCCUUCAUCAUGUCUGAUAAUCAAUCUGAAGUCAAAUGUCCUUCCAAAUAUGUUAAGCUGAACAUUGGUGGAUCUUUACACUACACAAGCAUAAGUACGCUCAGAAAGCAUGACACUAUGCUCCAUGCCAUGUUCAGUGGAAGAAUGGAAGCUCUCACGGAUUCUGAAGGUUGGAUACUGAUUGACCGUUGCGGUAAGCAUUUUGGUACCAUUUUAAACUUUUUAAGGGAUGGUACUGUUCCUCUGCCGGAAAGUAUAAAGGAAAUUUCGGAGCUGCUUGCAGAGGCAAAAUACUACUGUAUCAGCGAAUUAGUGGAAUUGUGCGAACGUGCUAUCCAAAAGAAAGAACUGGAGACAGAUCCUAUAUGCAAGGUACCGCUUAUUACGUCUCAAAAAGAAGAGGAAUUACUCAUAGGUAGUACGACAAAGCCUAUAGUAAAAUUACUAGUAAAUAGGCACAAUAACAAGUAUUCAUACACAAGCAUAUCUGACGACAAUUUAUUGAAAAAUAUCGAAUUGUUUGACAAAAUGGUCUUAAGAUUUAGUGGUCGAAUCUUUUUCAUUAAAGAUGUUAUUGGUACCAGCAAAAUUUGUUGCUGGACCUUUUAUGGGCACGGACUUAAAGUUGCCGAGGUCUGCUGUCAUUCUAUUGUAUAUACUACUGAUAAGAAGCAUACAAAGGUCGAAUUCCCAGAAGUUCGCAUUUACGAAGAAACGCUGAAUAUUUUACUUUAUGAAAACCAAAAUGGACCAGACCAAGAAUUGAUCAAAACAACAUCAUCCUAUGAUACUGUCUCCAAAGUACACCUGCCUAUAAGCGACGAAUAAGAUAAUGAAUGCUACGGUGCGACAAGCGAGC